GGAGGCUCGGGUGUUUGGUUCGGGUGUUUGGUCAAGUGGCGACAGCCACGUGACAGGGAUCCGUCCGUACUCUCUCGAGGCCUUUAAAAGGGACACCCUUUUCGCCCCUUUCCAUCACUCACUUUCUAAGUUUCUACUACCACCUCGUCAACUAUUUUUCUCGCCACUAUGGAUCAUUCGUAUAGGAACAAGAAGAUCAUCGACCUGAGCGAGGAAGAGCUCGAGUCCCUCGCUUUCCUCGGCCAAAACGUCGCUCCAGGCGUCCGCGAUAUGGUCGAUACCGUGAGGGCCAACCCCACCUACCUGGGCUUCGUGAAUUGCUUCACGGUAGACUGCCUCAAUCGCAGGUACUCGGCCCCGGCUGGUCCAAAGGACGCCCCUGGCUCUCCUACCUCUCCCGCCUCCCCUACCAGCGGCGAGGCGAAUACUCUCUUCUCACAGCUCAGCACGAGUCCAGACGCCUUCACCGUCGUCAGGCCCGACCUGAUCUCGGCGUACGAGGCUAACUUCUGGUACCAUGGCAUCUCCGGCAACCCUCCCAAGCUCAUGUGGCGUUCGGAUCUCGAGACCAACCCCUUCCCCGCCCCCCAACGUGGAGACCGCUUCUUUAAAGUCCCCACCAAGACCGUCCACAGCGUGUUCAAUACGCCGCUUAACAACGCCUGGGACACCGUCGCUCCCCUGAUCAUCACAUCGAUGAAGUCCCACGGCCUCAAGUACUCCGCGCUUAAGGCGGUUCGCUUCUCGACCCUCGAAGACGGCAAGGACGAAACGUUUGGUCCUGUCGUCGUGUGGAUUGCCGUGCAGCCCAACACCACCAACGCCAGAGCUGUUCGCGAUGCCACGCCAGACAUCCUUGGAAUCCUCGCUAGCGCCAACGUCACCGGCAUCGUUGUCGAGUGGUACGAGGGGUCGGUCCAAAGGCUGGUCGGCUAGCCUCUGAUGAGGGUCGAGGACGGAGCUUAGCUUCAUUGCCUCGGAUGUUCUCCAUCAUGACCACAAAACACGUUUCCAAGAUGAAAAUCGCAGCCUUGCCGUUGUUGGGGCGCGGUGUUUCGACCUCAUGCUGCCUCUCCCCUCUGCCUCGCUUCUAUCAAUCUAUCCAAAGCUGUCAAUAUCCGUCCUCCCAUUCGUCCCGGCGAAUUCAAAUGCCGGUUGCUGUGGUGUGGUGUUUCGAUCCCACACUGCCUCGCUCCUAUCAAAUGUCCGUUUUCGGGGCUGUUGGGCCAAGGAGGCUUGGCUCUGUCAUGUUCAGUUGGCACAGCUGAUACACGUACGCAAAUGUUCGACAGUGAGGCUAUGAAUAAUUUUGAAUGUGCCAUGCGGUUGCUUGCGGACGGAGCAUAGCUUCGUCACCUUGUGC